AUGUUAGUUAACUAUAUCGCUAUCUCACUGUACCUAUCACCUACAACAAUGUUGAUGAAUGCCUUAUAUUCCAUUCUGUUAUUAGCCAGUGUCACUCAAGCAUUUGAUUGCUUCAAGAAGGAAAUAAAUGAAUUCAAUUUUGACUCACUUAAAGGUCUCCAUCAUAUUUCCAUGGUGCAUGACACACCGCCAUCAGUAUCUAAUAUAACCUGGUUUAUCAAUGUUUGCGGGGCCAUAAAUGAUAACGAAAACAAAGAGUAUUAUGAUGUCUUGAAAGAAUGUCCGAAUGAAUCACAGAUCUGCGGGGUCAGGUAUAUCUCGUUACCGGGUGCUGAACCUUUGAAAACUGAAGUAAUCUCAUUCUCCAACUCAUUAAACCCGGAAUUCAACGUUGAUAGACAAUACAAAAAUAGCAAUAAGAACGAUGAAGAAACAACCUUGGUGAAUAUUAAGCUCAAGGGAGCAAACUGGGGCUCGAAUACCAUUGGUAGCAGUAUCAGCUUCAUUUGUGAUGAAAGUGUCAAUGAGGAUAAGCAGAAUGACCAAGAUAACAUACAAAUAAAGACAUGGGAUAAUGAAAACUUGGAAAUUGAAUGGCGAACUUCAUCCUUAUGCUCGAAGGAGAAAAAACCAUCUGAAGGUAAUGAUGAUAAGAAUGAUGAUAAGAAUGAAGACGACACAAAGAAACCUUCAACAUCAUCCGGGUUUAGUCUCUUUUCAUUCAUUAUUAAUGUGAUUUGCGUUAUUAUAUCUAUUUACAUCGUUAUGGCUGUCUGGUUAGCCAUCACAAAGAGAAAUGGUACUCCAUUGAACUGGAAGGACACUAUAAAUGAGGUGACGGAGAUUUUGGUGGAUAUCGCCAGAAGCGUUCCAGGGUUUGCCAAAGAAGUCGUUGAAAAGUUCUUUGGUAAUAGUACUUCUAGAGGUGGUUACAGUGCGGUUUGA